GGUAUCCGCUAUAACCCUUCGCUAUCGUAAAAUACAUUUCUUAACCAAUCAAAUCACCACACGAAGUGUUUGUUGUUUUGUCAGCUUAAUAAGUUCCUUAUUAUAAACAGAGUCUGGUAACGGGAAUUCUGUUCUUUUUCAUUUGAUAGUCGAUUGGGCCGGUUCCCAGUUUUCUUAAUUGUGCCACGUCGAUGUGUGCAUUUUCAACAAGUUUCAUUUUGUAGUCGUAACAUACAUUUUCAAAAUGAUAGGGCGAACGGGUUUGAUAUUGUUCUUUUUAAAAAUAGUUUUUGCCGCCGAAGAAAUUAAAGUCGAUGAAGGAGUUCUCGUACUUACCAAAGACAAUUUUGAAAAUGCCGUAAGCGACAACGAUUUUAUAUUGGUGGAAUUCUAUGCUCCUUGGUGCGGACAUUGCAAAGCUUUAGCUCCCGAAUACGCCAAAGCGGCUAAACAAUUGGAAGAACAAGGAUCGGCGAUUAAGCUUGCAAAAGUAGAUGCCACCGAGGAGGCAGAUCUUGCUGAAAAAUUCGGAAUCAGGGGAUAUCCCACAUUGAAAUUCUUCCGCAAGGGAACACCUACAGAAUAUUCAGGAGGUAGACAAGCAGAUGAUAUCGUUAAUUGGUUAUUAAAGAAGACCGGUCCUCCCGCUAGAGAAAUAAAUACCGUCGAAGCAGCCGAAGAAUUAAUCGAUGGUAACAACGUUAUCGUUAUCGGUUUUAUCAAAGAUCAAAGUACCGAUCUCGCAAAAGCUUAUUUGGAAGUGGCUUCCACGAUCGACGAUAUUCCUUUCGCGAUUACAUCGGAAGAUGCAGUUUUCGAAAAUUACGAAGCUAAAGAUGAUACCUUGGUGUUGUUCAAAAAAGUAAUAUUACUGUACUUUCGAUAUUCGAUAAUCGUAUUUUUUUUGUCGUUUUUGUUGCAGUUCGACGAAGGUAAAGUGGUAUACGAAGGCGGAUCUACCGAUGCGGAAAUAAAGAAAUUCAUAAAAACAAAUUCGUUACCUUUGUUGGUGGAAUUCAAUCACGAUACGGCGCAAAAGAUUUUCGGCGGCGAAAUUAAGAAUCAUUUAUUGAUGUUUUUGAAUAAAAACGACGAAUCUUAUGCCACCAUUUCCGAAGCAGCUAAAUCCGUCGCUAAACCUUACAGAGAAAAAGUACUUUUCGUAACGAUCGACGCCGAAGAAGAAGACCAUCAAAGAAUAUUAGAAUUCUUCGGUAUACAGAAGAAAGACGCUCCGGUGGCUCGUCUGAUCCGAUUAGAAGAAGAUAUGGCUAAAUACAAACCGUCGACUGAGGAAUUAACAGCGGAAAAUAUUCAAAAAUUCGUCGACGAUUUCUUAGCCGGUAAACUUAAACAGCAUCUUUUGAGUCAGGAAUUACCUGAAGAUUGGGAUAAACAACCAGUGAAGGUGUUGGUGGCUAGUAAUUUCGAUAGCGUCGCUUUGGAUUCGACUAAAGACGUAUUAGUGGAAUUUUACGCUCCUUGGUGCGGACAUUGCAAACAAUUGGUACCCAUCUACGAUCAACUUGGCGAACAUUUUAAAGAUAACAACGACGUUAUUAUUGCUAAAAUGGACGCUACUUCCAACGAAUUAGAACACACGAAAGUAACUAGUUUCCCUACCAUUAAAUUGUUUACCAAAGGAGAAAAUCGAGCGAUCGAUUACAACGGUCCGAGGACGUUGGAGGAAUUGAUUAAGUUCGUCGAAUCCGGUGGCGUAGACGUCGAACCUUCCGAAGAAGAAGAAGUCGAAGACGUCGAUGCCGCCAAAAAAGACGAAUUGUAAUUCCGUGUGUAAGCGAAAGUGAAAAAUUGAAAAAAAAUGAAAUACAAAAAAAACUUAUUUAUAUAUAUUUUUAGAUUCUUCUUCUUUUUUGUACAGAAUAUUGUUUGUGAAUGAUAUUUUUUUUGGUUAGUGUCCUUUAAUUUAAUCACUUUAUUUAAAUCGUUUUUUCGAGAAUAUUGAAGAUUUCAAAAAUCUCUUGAUACUUUUUUUAUAAAUUGAUUAUGUAUAAAUAACAUUUUGUGAAUAAUUUAUAUUUGUUCAUUAAAUGCGUUUCCGAUAUA